CGGGGUCGAGCGGCCCGAGUUUGACAGAGCGCGGGACGAGCUGACGAACGGCCUGACGCCGUGCUGUGCUGAGCUGAGCUGUGCUGUCCGGUCCGGUACCUCACACGACUAUGUAACCGCCCACGUCAAGGGAGGAGGAGUGUGCCACCAACUUUUCGCAAGGGAGGGCAGAAACGAAGAGUUUAACCAACAUUUUUUUUUUUUUGAUAAUUCCCCUCUGGUGAUUUUAUUAUUUUUUUGUGUGAGAAGUGUGUGGUGGUGUUGGCCGUUAAACGACGAUGUGUGGAAACGGGGGGCCCGAGCCUGGACUGCGUCCCGGUCCCUCGCUCGGCUUGUGAGCUCUGACAGGAGGAAACCUGACACAAACUCCAUCGCCCACCCAGUCUGUCUGUGUCUCUCCCCCCUCUCUCCUCACCUUCUCUCACCGCCUUCACCGGGAGCCCGAGUCCCGGACACUCGGCGAGGGAGCCGGCGAAUAAUGUCUUCCUACGUGGACCUGCUCUUCAAACAAGUCCUCAUGAAGAAACCGUCAGAGAGAAGCCAGCAGGAUUUACAAAUCAUUUACUCUCACCUCCAUGGGAUGGAUGUACUUUCUAAUUUGCGAGAACACACGCUCAGAUUGAUGUGCAUGACAGUACGUUAUGAAAAACAUGAUGCCAAUGCAGUCUUAUUCUAUCCUGACAGCAUUGCAACCUGCUGGUAUAUUCUCCUUUCGGGAUGUGUAUUUAUCAAAGAAUCGAUGUUUCUGCCAUGUUGCAGUUUUGGCAAGCAGUCUGCAGGAAAUCUGAGACGAGGCUGUGAAUGUAUUGUUUUGGAAACAUCUGAAAUGAUUGUGGUUGAAAAUCUGAGUGAGAAUGAGGAGAAAAAUCUACAAAGGGAAGUUACAAGCCGGCAGUCCCGUCGGCGCUUCAGGAAGAUCAACCUGAAAGGAGAGCGACAAACAAUCAUAGACAAUGUGGAUUCUUACCAUUCUGAACGACCCCAGCAGACCAACACUUAUCACAUGCUUCCUGCAGAUCUUUCCAAGAUGCACCUCACAGAUAAUCCACAUCCACAAGUGACACUUGUCCCUUCCAGCCAGUCUGGGUGCAGUAUUGCCAGUGACUCUGGGAGCAGCAGCCUGUCAGAUAUCUAUCAGGCCACAGAGAGUGAAAUGGGAGAUGUGGACCUAACUGGUCUUCCAGAAACAGCAGUAGAUUCGGAAGAAGAGGAAGAAGAUGAAGAAGACAUUGACCGUGCAUCUGACCCAUUGAUGAGCAGAGAUGUAGUUCGAGAAUGUCUGGAGAAGGAUCCUAGGGACCGAAAUGAUGAUGACAUUGAACAAUUGCUGGAGUUUAUGCAUCAGCUGCCUGCAUUUGCCAACAUGACCAUGUUUGUCAGAAGAGAGCUGUGCUCAGUCAUGAUAUUUGAAGUAGUGGAACAUGCAGGAGCGAUAAUAACUGACGAUGGGAAGGAGCUGGAGUCGUGGUAUGUUAUUCUAAACGGCUCUGUGGAAAUCACUGACUCUCAUGGAAAAACUGAAACACUUUGCAUGGGAAACAGUUUUGGUAUUUCUCCUUCCAUGGAGAAACAAUAUAUGAAAGGAAUUGUUAGGACCAAAACAGAUGAUUGCCAGUUUGUAAGUAUAGCUCAGCAGGAUUAUUGCCGAAUUCUGAACCAAGUAGAGAAGAAUACUCACAAGGUGGAGGAGGAAGGGGAGAUAGUUAUGGUGAAAGAGCACAGAGAGCUGGAUCGUACCGGAACCAGGAAAGGACACAUUGUUAUAAAGGGGACGCCUGAUAGACUUAUUAGACACUUAGUUGAAGAACAUUCCAUUGUCGAUCCCACGUACAUCGAGGAUUUCCUGUUGACAUGCAGAACGUUUCUGUCGGGUCCCAUGGAAGUUGGAGAGAGAUUACUGGAAUGGUUUAAUAUUGAUAGCCUUAGGGAUAAGGUCACACGAGUUGUUCUCUUAUGGGUGAAUAAUCAUUUCAAUGAUUUUGAAGGAGAUCCUGCCAUGACUAAUUUUCUAGAGGAAUUUGAAAAUAAGUUAGAAACUGCGAAAAUGAAAGGACAUCUCAGAUUGUUGAAUAUUGCCUGCGCAGCCAAAGCCAAAUGGAGGCAGAUAACAUUGCUGAAACCUUCCAGGGAGUCCCCUUUGUACUUUAGUCUACUUGGCGGCAGUGAGCGAGGCUUUGGUAUAUUUGUGGAAACUGUGGAUCCGUGCAGUAAAGCUGCUGAAGCUGGACUUAAACGAGGUGACCAGAUUAUGGAAGUAAAUGGGCAGAAUUUUGAGAAUAUCCAAUAUACAAAAGCUCAAGAAAUUCUGAGAAAUAAUACUCAUCUCUCCAUCACCGUGAAAACCAACAUAUUUGUUUUUAAGGAACUCCUCAAUCGGCUGCUGCAAGAGAAAAAGAAUGGAGUUCCUCACAUUCCUAAAAUUGCGGAAAAAAAGGGUAAUCGUUACUCGCAUCCAGAUUUGCACAGAGAUGUAGAACACAUGUUCCCUUCAGAGAAGGGUAACAAGAAAAUGAAGGCCAACACAGUGUCGGGUGGCCGAAACAAAAUUAGAAAAAUACUUGACAAGACACGGUUCAGUAUCUUACCACCAAAACCAUUCAGGGGACUAUUUUGUGAUGCUGGAGUGAGCCAAUCGCAGGAUGAUAGCAUCGUUGGAACAAGACAAUUCAGGCACAGUGUUGCUAUAAUGCCAUUCCCUGGAACUCUGUCUUCCAGCAGUCCUGACCUGUUGCAACCUGCCACUAGUAUGCUUGAUUUUACAAAUCCUGCAGCUGCAGGUUUUUAUAACAUACCAGAUCAAGUCAUCCGAGUUUUUAAGGCUGAUCAACAAAGUUGCUACAUCAUCAUAAGCAAAGAUACUAUGGCAAAGGAAGUUGUGGUCCAUGCUGUGCAUGAAUUUGGCCUGUCUGCACCCUCUGAAACCUACUCGCUCUGUGAAGUUUCUAUAAGCUCUGAAGGUGUAAUCAAGCAAAGACGACUCCCUGAUCAGUUAUCCAAGCUUGCUGAUAGGAUCCAGUUGAACGGCAGGUACUAUCUGAAAAAUAAUAUGGAAACAGAGACUCUUUGCUCAGAUGAAGAUGCCCAGGAAUUAUUGAGAGAAAGUCAAAUAUCAUUGCUGCAACUUAGCACCAUUGAAGUAGCUACUCAGCUGUCAAUGCGUGAUUUUGAAUUAUUCCGGAACAUUGAGCCCACUGAGUACAUUGAUGACCUAUUUAAAAGAGAGUCAAAAACAGGAAAUGUACAUCUCAAGCAGUUUGAGGAUGUUAUCAAUCAGGAGACCUUCUGGGUUGCUACUGAGAUUUUGAAGGAAACUGUCCAGUGGAAAAGGAUGAAGAUAAUGAAGCAUUUCAUUAAAAUUGCCUUGCACUGCAGAGAGUGCAAGAACUUUAACUCCAUGUUUGCUAUCAUCAGUGGGCUAAACCUUGCACCAAUUGCACGUCUUAGAAGCACUUGGGAAAAACUUCCAAGCAAGUAUGAAAAGCUGCUACGAGACCUUCAAGAUCUCUUUGAUCCCUCGAGAAACAUGGCAAAAUACAGAAACGUUCUCAGCAGUCAGAGUCUGCAGCCACCCAUCAUUCCACUCUUCCCUGUAGUCAAAAAAGACCUCACUUUUCUGCAUGAAGGAAAUGACUCGAAGGUUGAAGGUUUGGCAAAUUUUGAGAAACUGCGGAUGAUCGCCAAGGAGAUUCGACAUGUUGUCCGUAUGACUUCGGUUAAUAUGGAUCCUGCUGUAAUGUUCCGGAAUAGGAAGAAGAGAUGGAGGAGUUUGGGGUCAUUAAGUCAAGGCAGCACAAAUUCCAAUGUGCUGGAUUCAGUGCAAGGUGGGGGUCAUAAGAAGCGGGCGCGUCGCAGCUCGCUACUUAACGCUAAGAAACUUUAUGAAGAUGCACAAAUGGCUCGGAAGGUUAAGCAGUAUCUCUCAAACUUAAACGUGGAGACAAAUGAGGAGAACAUUCAAUUAAUGUCACUGCAAUGUGAGCCUGCUUAUGGCACAUUAAGCAAGAACCUUGGAGAGCGACGGUCCUAUAAAAGCUCAGACAUGUCCCCAGUGAUUACGAGGUCAUCUGGUCAACAAGGCAAGCACCAAGCACAGCAAAGAAUGAGCCAAGCACUGCAAGUGCCAGCAGUAGCUUUGAGUAGUUCACGCAAGAAAGUCUCAGCCCCGGCAUUUGGUACCAAUUCUCCGCAAGCCUUGAAGAAGUCUUUAGUCGUGUCCGAUGAAGUACAAGCUGAUCGAAGCAAGAAGAAUACUGAUGACACAGUGUCAACAGCAUCAUCACAACUCUCUUCCCCUCCCGCUUCUCCUCAAAACUCCCCACGAAAAGUGUUGGCUCCAAUCACAAGAAUCGACAAUUUCUCCGACUCGAGUCACAGUGAGAUUUCAUCGCGCUCCAGCAUUGUCAGCAACUGCUCUGUUGAUUCCAUGUGCAUUGCUAUGCAGGAUGAAAGAUAUUUGCCGCCGUCCAUCAGUUUCCCAGACGCGGCAGACCCAGCUGGUGGAAGGCGUAUGCACCAUGCAAGCAGGUCUGCACAACCAAACACAAGUUCUUCUGUAAUUUUAAGUACUGAAAAGCGAGGGUGCCUGGUUAUGGAUACAGCAGUUACAUCUUCAAGUAAUGACGAGUUGGCCCGCGAACACAAUGAUCACAUCUCAAUUGAUGCAGCGGACAGUGGCCGUGGAAGCUGGACUUCAUGCUCCAGCAACUCCCAUGACAACAUCCAGACUAUCCAAACUCAGAAAAACUGGGACCUACUAAAUGCUUCUAAAUAUACUCAUACUUUAGAUGGACCAAUUGCAGAAAUUGAACUGACAGAAUCUCGGACCACAGGCUGUCACUUGUACUCUGGAAAACAGACUAAAAGCCCUAGUCCGAUUCAGUCUAAAGACAGCAUUGAAUGUGUUCAUUCCAGGGAAAGCUGGAUGUCUUCAACAAAUUCCCACUUGAACAAGUGUGAAACAGACUUUGGGACGGUAAACCGAGUGGGCUUGCAUGAAUCUCCAGCUGAAGCUCUCGGACGCAGUGAGAAUGUUUCAAAUUCUAAACCAAACAUUGACUCCUCUUGCAAAGCAGUCACUUCAAGCACAGAAAAGGGUCUCAUAGUGUAUUGUGUUACUGCAGCACAUCGGGAUGGUAGGUAUAGAGAGCCACCACCCACUCCUCCAGGAUACGUGGGGAUUCCAAUAGCACAUAUAAAGGAAGGAGGAUAUCACCCGCACUUAAAACCUCCCGACUACAGCGUUGCAUUGAAAAGGUCACGGAUGGUAACUCAAACCUCUGACUCAGCCAGAUUGCUGCAAACUCCCAUUGCUAGUCAACCAACGUCAAGCAUCCAGCCUAAAGUUCCCGGUUUUCCUCAGUGGCAUAAACAGUCCGAGUCGGACCCAAGACUUCCACAGCUUAACCACCAGGGUCUUCAAACCAAUGACGAUGAUGAAGAUGAGCAGGUUUCUGCAGUUUGAUGCUUGGAUAACUUUGGGUUCCCUUGGCAACUGCGGAGCACUGGAAUUACUAGGACCAUGGAAUGCAGGCAGCUGCUUUUUGUUCUGUUUCCUGCCUUAAAGUACAUCAUCUUUGCGUCCCUUUCUGCAUGUGGCAAGACCGUGAUAGCCUAUCCAUGUUGUCUUUAAGUGGAAAGUAAUUUAAUCAAAUACAUUUUAGUUUUCCAACUUUGUCGAGCUGCAUUCACUCCUACUAUCUGAAGUACAGUAUUUGGUAACCUUAAUCUUGCCAAAUGCCACUUUUUUAAAUUUUGGGAGUAUUAGAUAUUGGGCUCUAAAGUAGUUUUAAUUAAUGAAUUGUAUUGUAAUUUAAUCUCUUGUGCAUAAUUGUAAUAUGAGCAUAAAUAGUGUACAAAUAACUAGACUGAACAAGGGAAACACUCAUAAAUUAUGUUAUUGUGCACAGGUGAUGGCCAACCAAGGGCUGUAAAUCAUUGAUUAUGUGUUGAUUUAAGAUUCGUUUGACAAACAGGGUAUUCCAUCUUUCUUUGGUCCUUGGUGUGUAUGUUCUGUUUAUUUCAUAGUUUAGGCAUUCGCAUUACAAUAUGAGUUAGCACCUAUUUAGUUCUAAUGAAAGCUGUAUUGACUCGGGGAUUUGGGGUGGUUUUCAGUGACGUUCUUUGGGAAUUCUUAUCUUCACAAUGCCUUGUGCUGUCGAGCGGUGGGAUAGAUUGUGUGGCGUAAAUUAUAUUGUGAAACUCUAUUACGCUGAAUUUGCACAAAUGACAGGAAUCUGGAUUAUACAGCCAAAGACGAUAGCAGUAGGUCUCUUUACAAAUGACUUAUGGGGAAGGUAAAUCAAAUAAGGUCAUCUGACUAUUGAAAGCAUCCAUGUUCCUCAGUUGCUCAAAACUCCAUCAAAAUGUGCCACUGUUCACUUAGGGUGUUCACUCAAGCAUAGAAAUAAGUUGUAGCUUUUAAAAUUGCUUCAUACGCAGUUUUAAGACUUACCAGUUUAUUUGAAAUCGCCAAAUAAUUUUUAAUUAUUGCAUCGUCCUCCUUAUCACCAUGACACGACCCAAGAAUAGGUAGAGAACAUCCCCCCCCCCCCCCCCCCCCCCCCCGCCAAAACUAUUCUUUAAAACUUUCAAACUCUUGUCGUUUUUAAUUACUUAUUUGUUGGUCUAGUUAUUUGUAUCUGUAUACGUUCAUAUAUAUGUGACUGGAAAAACUAUUUGCAUCAAGGGUAACUCUGAACAAAGUCUUAAUUUCUUACAUUGGCUAAUUGUUAUGUAACGACAUUACUUGACUUUUUUACAUCAUUCAUUGUGGCAUUGUCUUUGCACCUUAACUGGUGAUGAAAGUUUACAAGGUAAAUUUGUUGGGGGUUUUUUGUCAGAAUUAGUUCUAGUUUUCCAGAUUGUGAUUGACCAUUAAUUAUGGUCAGGAAUCUGAGGCAUAGUUAGUUCCUGGUGCCUUUAUUUAGUCAUAGGGGCGGCAAGGUUUUUAAAACUAAGCAGUAAAUUGAAACAAAUACAGUAUUAUGAUUGCUGGAAGCUUCCUUAUUGAAGGAGUGAAUGCUUCCUGCCCCUUAAAUGUAAAUAAAAGAGAGAAUAUAAAAAAAAGAUAAGAGGAAAAAAAAAAAAAUCUUGAUGAGUUUUCUUUAUAUCCAGAUUACAGUGUAGCUGGCAUCUGCUUGUCUUACUGUGGCUGUUUAAAAAAUAAAAAUUAACUGAUCAUAUUGAUCAGUUUGUUCAACAAGAUUGUGUAGUUUUCAUAGUAGCAAAAAUCUUUUCAGUGCUUUAUUUAAAUCUAAUUUAAAAGUCUUCAGCCUUGGGUGAUUGUUUGCAAUUUGUUUUCCACAGUCAUUUGUUAAUGGUAAUUUGGGCUUUAUUUUUGAUAUACACAUAUAUAAAACUGGAGUGCACUUCAUGGACUAUGUAUUCAUAUCAAAAUGGGCGUUUAGCAUAUUGAAUAAGCUGCACAAUCAUUGUAAACAUACAGGUAUUAGAGAAAUAUUCUGCAAUGUCCAUUCACAAAGAAGAAAUAUAAUUGUAAAGAAUAUGUAAUAUUAACUAAUGUUCCCUCCUACUUUUGAUACUACUUGUAACUUAUGUCUUUUAGAAAGACAGUUCGUGUCUGUAUGCUUUUUUUAUACUUUUAUCAGUGUACAUAUUUGUUAUAUUUUUGUUGAACAAAUGUUAUAAAAUGUAUUGUUUAUUUCUUCAGAUUUCAUUAAAGUGAAUGAGUAAACCAAUAAACAGCAGUGACGUAUGCUCAUAGUCAUUC